AUGAAGCCGUUGUCUCCUUUCCUCGCCGCCGUGCUGCUGCCCAUUUUGUCCAUCUCGCCUACCUACGCAGCUCGCCAGCCUUAUGAUUCAUUCUUUGCGGACAUCGAGGUCUCCGGUGAGAUAUCUAUCCUGAUCCAGCAUACCACUUUCAAGGGUGAUGUCCUUGAGAUGUUAAUGAAGACUUCAUGCAGAUGGAACGGGACCGCCGAAAACUCUCGAGACUCGUACUUCCGCACCGCGGAGGCUGGAGUUGAAUGUAUCGAGACCGACAUCCACCUCUCCAGUGACGGCUAUCUCCCCAUGAUCCACGACACGGGCCUGGGCCGUGAGACAGACGUGGGCGAACAAACGGGCAAACCGGCGUACAACCCGUUCACGGGCCAGGGAUACAAUCCCAGCGUCAGCAACAGCAGCUUCAAAGGCUUUAUCGAGCACCUGCACCUGCGCGACGAAGGCGGUCGUGUCCGCGACGAGACGGUCCCAACGCUUCCAGACAUUGUUCAGAGUAUCCACGAAAGCGGCAUGAACGUUGUUCUCCAACUCGACUUCAAGGACAAAGACGCCGUGGAGCCGGCGUACUGGCAACUCAAGAACCUGACCAAUGCCGCCGGCGUGCCUGCUAAUGAAUGGUGCAUUUACAAGCUCCAAGCCACCUGGUACCGGACUCCUGAACAAUUCGAAGCACUCCCAUGGGUGCAAGAUGCAUUCGCCUCGGGCGUGCAGCUGGCCUUCAUCCCAGUCUACAACCCGAUCGACGAGGUGCAUUUCGACACUAUGGCCAGUCUCGACGCCUUCCUCGAGACAAACUACACCAUAUCCGCCGAGAUUGAACUGUUCUCCCCCAAAGGCCCGCUGCAGGCAUUGCAGGACCGCAUCAUGGCGCUCAAGUCUGGAUCUGGAAAAGGCGCGAGUACGAGCAAGUUCCAAACGUCGGGCAUUUUCUACUCGCCUGGCGAAUUAGUCACGCCCAUAUCGAGCAAAUUCUUCGAUACGGCAAAUUAUUCGCUCCCUGCAGACCUGCGCGUGAAUAAUUCCGUCUAUGUGUACCAGGAGAAUGCGGCGCCGCAGCUGAUCGAUCGUAUCGCGGGCAACUCGACUGUCGAUGGACACGAUCACCGCUCGGAUUUUAGCUGGAUCUUGUCGACGGGGUAUGACUGGGUCAUCACGGAUACUCCUGAUGAUUGGGAUGUGAGGCUGAAGGCGCAGGGGAGGAGAAAUCUCAAGUAUAUGCUGGCAGAUGGCAAAGACGAGCCGGAUCAGAAAUUGGCGAGUGGUUGGUACAAGAGGCGGCAUGCGAGGGAUCUUUUGACGUAG